AUGGCUGGCACUUUACCUCCACUGUUCGAGAUUACCGCCGACGAUCAUGGCGGAUAUGGUGCGGUCGCUAUAUACACGCUGCUAGCAUUGACAGUUGUCAUUGUGUCUACUCGUCUAUCGACUCGAUGGUUCAUAGGUCGUGUCAUCCACCCUGACGAUAUCUUACUGGGUAUAUCAUUGUUACUAGGAAUAAUACAAAGUGUAUUAGCACAACUAGCAAUUUCCAAUGGCCUUGGCCGACGACUACUGAAUAUCGGCGACCACCAGCUGGAGAAAUAUCUCAAGUACGAAUAUGCCGCCCAGAUCUUCCUCAUUGCGACAAUCGCCUUUAGCAAGCUCUCACUGGGCCUUUUGUUCAAAAACCUGAUGACAUCGCGUCGUUCCUCUAUCGCCAACCAGACUUUGAUGGGUGUGAUAAUUGCAUGGGCAAUCGCUUCUAUCAUUGCCUUGGCUCUUCGUUGCUCCAUGCCAACUCCCUGGAAAUGGGAUAAGCCGGAUCAAUGUAUCAACCAGGCUGCACUCUUCCAAGCCAUCGCGGCGUUAAAUAUCCUUACCGACAUCGCACUCGUUGUGCUUCCAUGCUUGUUGCUUCGGGAUGUGCAGUUGACCAAACUGAAGAGAUUCAGAAUCAUGGCGCUGCUGGCUAGCAGGUUUCUGGUUUGCAUCGCUACGGGUAUUGAAAUCAAAUACACUGUUAAAAUGCUUAACUCGCCCGAUAUGCCUUGGGCAAACACUAAUUCCACCAUUUGGGACCAAGCCAUGAUGAACCUCAGCAUCAUCACAACCGCCCUCCCAUCCCUCGGCCGCCUCGUCAUCGAGCUCCAACCCAGCAUCCACGCAUUCACCAUCAACGACGACCCAUCCGACCCCCGAGGCCCCGGUGCCGGAUACAAUUUCUCAUCCAUGGGCAAGUCUAUGGAUCAUGGCUUGAAGCCAGGAACCUCGGUCCAGGUCACAAGUGGAUGGCGGGAAUCGCUCAAGGAUGACGGGGAAAGUACGGAGGGACUGGUCACUGGUGCUGACCAGCAGAAUGUCAUUCAGCAGACGAUCCAUUUCGAGGUCCACUAA